UCCCCGGAAGUGAACUCGGCGUCGCGAGUGGCCGGGGUUUCCGCGCCACGCUGUGGUCUCGCGUGUCCGCGGCUCCAUCGCGGGGCGGCGGAGCCCGACGGGCGGGGGCUGGUCGGCGGCCGCCAUGGCUGGGGAGCAGGACAUGUUAGACGCUGUCGUGAUGGCAGAUGAGAGUAUUCUGCCCAGUUUGGGAAUCCCUGAUUCAGCCCGGCUUCCUCAUUGUAGAAGAGCUGAAUCUGGCUUCAAGACAUACAGCAUCUUCAGAAGCAGAGGCUUCAGGAGGGAGCUGACACUGGACCUAGGUUUUGUGGCUCAGGCUCUCUUGUUUUCGUGUGAUACCAGGUUUCACGGGGAAGGGUACCGGGAAGGCUAUGAAGAAGGAAGCAGCCUGGGUAUGAUCGAAGGGAGACAGCACGGCACGCUCCAUGGAGCUAAAGUCGGAUCUGAAAUCGGGUGCUACCGAGGCUUCGCGUUGGCUUGGAGAGGCCUCCUGCACGGUUGCGCCACUGAGAGAGACAGCAAAAAGAUGAAGGUCUUAGAGGCAUUGAUUGGGAUGAUUCAGAAGUUCCCUUACGAUGACCCUACUUACGAUAGACUUCAUGAAGACUUAGACAGAAUUAGAGGGAAGUUUAAGCAGUUUUGUUCAUUACUGAACGUUCAGCCCGACUUUAAAGUCAGCACGGAAGGUUCUGGACUUUCAUUCUGAGGACGACAGAUGAACAGAGACAGGACAUCAAGGAGCAGAUGUUCCUGUGUUGAGUGUUGAAAAAUGUGAUUAAAGGCAUUCAGUGAGGAGGAUUCAUCGUUCUGCAGGGUCGGUUCCAGUCUGGCCGGUGAAAGGGCCCCGUUCCCCGAGGUCCCCCUGUGUGGCCUCCGUCACCCACCCUCCAGGGGCCCCUCCACACAAGCCCAUCCCUGGUCGGGUCCUGUCUGCCCCGCAGUCUGGGCGCGGCCCUGGCAGAGCCCUCGAAGGCUGCUCGUCUCCGCUCCAGGGUCCAGGCCUCCAGCUCAUGGGUCCCCGCCACCUGGCAGGCCUGGCUGGAUGCAGACCUGGCUCUGGAUGGAAGAGACACCCCUGUUACUCCCCGGGCCUUGGUCAGUGCUCAGAGGGGCCGUUUUUUAAAAAUGAGGAGACAGGGUUGGCCCGGCAGGAGUGACGGGUACUGUGGCGUGUACUGAGCCUCGAGAUGCGCCAGCGCUUUGUGACCUGCUCCUGGUGUUUUAUUUCACCCCUUCGGGAGCCCACGAGGCGGACGUUACGAAUGGUUUAUAGAGGAACCCGAGGCCUGAGAGACCGCCCCGUCCAAGGGCUGGGACUCCGGCCCUGGCGCUCACCAGUCUCCUGGUGCCCGGCCCAGGACACACGCCCGCACCCACAGGCCCGGGUCCCCGCCCGCAGUCCGCGCUGUGCUCAUCGCCUCCUGUGCCCUGGACGUGGGCAUCAGGCUGAGAGGAGAGGCCGGCCGCGUCCCCGGGGAGCCGGGACACCUCCGUGGAUGCGGGCAUCCGGCGGAGAGGAGGAGAGGCCGGCCCUGUCCCGGGGAGCCGGGACACCUCCGUGGAUGCGGGCAUCCGGCGGAGAGGAGGAGAGGCCGGCCCUGUCCCCAGAAGCAGGGACGUGCCCUUCCACGUCCCUGGGUGCGGGGAGGUACCCUGCCGUUAAGAACGGUCCCGGGGGAAGAUCUGAAGGUCGCCGCUCCGCCUACAGACACCUUGGGGUCGCUGUGAGUCCGCUCUAGCUUUUACAAUCCUCCCAGAGCAUUUGGGUGCGCUCUGCUCCUCUGGCAGCUGCUGAGGGUCCCUGUGGGGCCUGGACAUUCAGCUGGCUGGGCACCGAGGGAGGCACGUCUUCUCGAGGCUGGUGGACACACUGCGGCUCUGCCCGGGUCGCUGUCCGCGCGUCUGGCCGUGUGCUCCUGGCCUGCAGCCCCUUCUUAGCUCUGGGUGGGCUGGGCCUCAGCCCGCCGUUGUCACAGAGACAGACCACCAGCUCAUCUCCGUCCAGCGGGGUGGAGGGGUCUGUUGUGUUCCUGGGCGGAAUUUUGUGUUUCCUUGGAUAAUGUAUUAUUUUUAUAAUUAGAGAAAAAUAAACAGCAUAUUUUAAAGCCAAA